AUGCGGGGCUGGCAGUUGCUUCGAGCAGCCGUUGGACGUAAUUCCUUGCCGGCGCAGACGCGCAUUCUGCGCUCAUUUGCCGGUUCUUCAGAGCGACCUCGGCGGAACCGGCGGCGAGCAUCCCGAGGAGCUGAUGUUUGGGGCGAGGAGGACGAGGACAAGCAGAGCAAGAACUUUCGCCAGCUCCGGUCGCGGGCCUCGGAGAGCGACUUCGCGAAGGAUGCCAAAGAGGCACGGGAGGCCCUUCGCUGGCACCGCAAGGAGGUACACGUUGGAGAGGAAGUGAAAGGUGCGCUCGUUGAGGCGAGCAUCGAAUCUCCCCCGUCUCGCUGGUGGGAUUCCUGGGAUGCAGAGUGGGACGAGGGAUGGGACUGGGAGGAGAAGUGGCAAAGUACGAGGCCAGAUGGCAUGCCUGCUGGCCCCUCAGAGAUUGUAAGUGGCAAGGAUGAUCCUCGACGACCUCGAGGCCCUCUUUGGCCGUCGCUUGACGCGGAUGGCUACCAGCCAGUGGCGACCCUAAACCAUUCCCAGCUCGUGGCAGCGAUCGUCGCCGCGCGCAAUGGGCAUGCAGACGAGUUGCAGUGGCAGGCGCUUUGCCGCCGGGCAGAGCUAGUUGCCAUGUCCAUGACGCCUGCAGAGCUGUUGGCUGUUGCGAGGUGUGUGGCCGAGCGGCAGUCUGGUCAGCUACGCUUGCUGUGGAAAAUUGCAAUGUUCGUGGUUGAGCAUCUAGGCUCUUUCACUGUUCAGGACUUAGCCUGCCUGGCAAACGUGUAUUCUUCAAUUGACUCGGUGCAUCAUGGCAUGCUGAACGUCGUUGCGCUCAUUCUCGCAAGUUCUGAUGAUGAGCGGAAUUUAGAUCAUGUCCUGGCGGUGGACAUUCUUGCGUCCUUUGCGAGAGCACAGUAUCCACUACCCCUCUUACUACAAGAAGCCCGGAAAGCUCUGCUCACCGAUACCGCAAACCUCACACCCAGAUUGGCUCUGAGCGCACUGCAAAGCCUCUCCACAUUGGAAGCCCUCGACGGCGAGCUGCUGGCAGCCUUGCUAGAUCGAGCUUUACUGGACUCCGGGCCGCAGCAAAGCGUGCAGCAGGCGUUUGCCACCGCUGCCUGGGCCUGGCAAGUGCGGACGCUCCUCGAGAAGGUGGAUGAGAGCCAUCUUCCCGACAUGCCGGAAACGGAGGAAAAAGACCGUGAGGUGCCUUCUACAGCUGGUCGCGAGGCCCUGGAAAGGAUCACGGAGGUGCUGAGCGAGUCGCUGCAGUCCUGCGACCUGCGGAGACUGCGACUCAUCCAAGCAGAUGAUGGCCCCCUGUGUUUGCUAGUAAGUUCAGGAAAGCCCUCGCAGAUGCCGAGCAAGUUUCUUCUGGCAUCUGCCCUUCUGCUUACGCAUAGGAAGGAGCCUGACGGCAGAUACGGCAGUCUGGCCAUAGAGUUGGUGGCGGCGGCUGCGGGCUCAGCGCCGCAGCUAGCCGCAUGGUCUACAGAGCAACAGGUGCAGUGGCUACGCGUUGCAGUUGAAGCAGCAGAGGCUGCUCCGACAGCCUCGAAGGCUGAGCUAGUUCUGCCACUGCUUCAAGCUAUCCCUGGACAUGCGUCAUAUUUGCUGAUCCCAGAAGCUGCCUGCCUCGCAAGUUUGUUGCCGCGAGUCCUCGCCCACUACCCAUCAUCUGUAGCGGCUGUAGCCGCUGUAACAGAGGCCAGCAGUGCUCUGGCAGAGGCCGUCUGUCCAGAGCUGUUCCGCCUGCGGGUGCAUGAAGCACGGCAAGUGCUUCAUGCUUACUGCACAUUGCUGGCAGAGCUCGAACUCGCAGACCAGGCACAUGCACAGGCGCUUCUGCCUCAUGCUUCUACACUGUUUCAGAAGAUUCUGGAUGGCUUCCCUGCAAAGUUGAAGUCUGAGAGCGUCUUCCAUCGACGUGGCAGUGGAGGCCAGCCUAGCCCGCGCGAACUGGCAGCAUGGUGCGCGCUCCUGUCGGAUGUCGAUUUGGUACAUCCUUUGGGUGUCAAAGUCCCUGAAAGAAUAUGGGAGCUUCUGGCCGCUGAGUGCCAAGAGGCCUUGACAGCAGCCGGUCUUGGACAAGAGAGUUUGGAUGAGGAGUCUGGAGCAGCUAUCGCAGAACAAAUGCUGCAAGCCUUCGUGCGGAAGCAGGGAGAAUAUGGCUGGGACAUUGCAAAUUCUGAGACUCCUCUCGGGGUCAUGGCCGAAGCAGUGCAGGUUCUCUGGCGGCGUGCGGUGGCCAGGGACGGGGAGCUGGAAGAUCCCAUGCACGAGCCCGCUGCCAUCCCAGGCGAAGAUGCGGUGCGCCUCAGGAGGCUCAUGGCGCAGCAGGGCCUGGACUUGCCUGAAGAGGUUCUCAUCUGA